AUGGAGAUCAUCGAGCACCCACAGACAAACUCCACCGACCUGCUCCUCGCCCUGCCCCCAGAGCUUCUCCUGGGCAUCUUCGCAUUCGUCGGCGUAGAGAACUUUCGUCAAGACGUCCGACGCCUCACCGUGUGCAAGAAGUGGUACGCCUACGCGAGACCAAUCCUCCUAGGCAAACUUCGGCUGUGGUCCACAGAUCCGCUACCCAUGCUACGCGCCAUGAGGGAAAGACGCGACGCUCGCGGCAUCUCCCUCCUUGAGUGGGACGAGUUCUUCGGGUACGAAGGGUUUCCUGAGGACGAAGUGCUUCCUGAGGACGAAGUGCUUCCUGAGGACGAAGAGCUUCCUGAGGACGAAGAGCUUCCUGAGGACGAAGAGAGUGACGAGGAGUAA